CCGCUUGCCACUGGAGACUGGACACCAAUCGCACGAUCUCAACCGAGAGACAACUCAGCCUACGUACAACCUGCCCGCCUGUCGCGUCGUAUAUCUAGACCCCUCCCCAGCCGAUCCAAACCCCUCGUCAUUUUCGCCGGUCACCGCGCGAUCUCGACGUUGCACGAGUCACGACACUGCCUGGGCUGCGCAAGGUACAGCAGACAGACAUGGCUCACGGUCCGGAUCACCGGGAAGCGGCGGCGCCCGAGUGGCGCGGCGCCGUGCGCGCCGCGGCGGCGGGGCCGACGCCCGACCAGGCGUGGGCGCUGCUGCGAGACUUCUGCUCCCUCGACAGGUUGGUCUCUCUCGUGCAGACGUGCCGGAGGCUGGAGGGCGCCGACGGCGAGCCCGGGUGCGUCCGGUACUGCGCGGGGCCGGUGAACAUGGCCGCGCCGGAGGAGGCGGUCGGCUGGUCCAAGGAGCGGCUCGUCGAGGUCGACGACGCCGGGAGGUCAUACAGCUACGAGGUGGUGGAGACCAACAAGGGCUUCGGCCGGUACCGGGCCACCAUCGGCGUCGAGGCCGACCCGGCCGGGUGCGCCGUCGCGUGGUCGUUCGAGGCCGAUCCGGUCAAGGGGUGGACGCUCGAAGGCUUCGUCGGCUUCCUCGAGAAGCUCGCGCGUGGCGUCGCCAGGCGGCUGGAAGAGGAGGUCAUGGUGAACGUUGGUGAUGAUGAUCCUGCCUUGCAAGCAUCUUGAUGUUGUUUUUCGCUUUCCUUCCUGCCUGUGAUGCGAGUGGUGACCGUGUGUUUAUGUGCAUUCCAAGCCCAUCUUUUUUUUUUUUUUUUUUGCGAGGUAAACUGAUAAUAUUAAAGCCAGGAAAUUACAGAAAGACACCCAACAAAGAAGAAAAAUACAACCAAGUCCUUCUGCAACACAAAGCCGCCGGCAAGGAGCAAGACGUGCCGAUGGCGCGCCGCCGCCGCAUCUUCCCUCAAGCCUUGGAUCGGAAGAUGUCCCCUUGCGGACGGGAAGUCGUCGGUCCUCGAACUCCGGAGAGCCUCCACCCUACUCCAUCGGCAGCCAAGCCCAGCUUCAACAUCAACAGCAACCACAGCUUCACCUGGAUCCGCCGCCCCGAGAUCCAGUGGGGGAAGAG